AUAACCCCCACCCCUUUAUUCCACAUCCUGUCACCCCCAUUAAUCCCUCCAUUCUCCACAUCAGGACUAUAGGAUUUGCCUGAAAAAAGGGGGGUGCACAUUACCCUACUGGAUCUAAAACAAGAAGAACUCAAGAGCCCUCCGCUAGACAGGGAUCCAGACUGCUUUCUUUUUGGGGGCAACUUGUAUCCUUUUCAGGAAUCCUGUAAUUAGAAAAAAAGGAAAGGAGUGCCAUUUUUCAGGGUGAAUUCUAUUGGAAAAGCCUGGCAUUUUGGAAAGACCAAAGAAGAAAAUAAUUUCAACCUGCAGAAGCUGCUGUGAGGGCUCCCUGCGGCCAUGCACUCCCUGGAUGAACCCCUGGAUCUGAAGCUCAGUAUUUCCAAGCUGCGGGCAGCGAGGGAGAAACGAGAGCGGAUUGGUGCAAAUGCCAGAAAACGAUCUGUGCACCAUGAGCUGAUGAUCCGGGAUGAUGGUACUACAGUUAUCACCCCCAUUUGCUCCUCACCCCCACCAGGGUUUCGGUAUAGAGAUGGAGACAGCCCCCCAUUUUCCUCUCCUCCCAUUGUGGACCUCAGCCUUUCCCCACCUUCUGGGACUGACUCCCCCAGCCGUUCAUCAUUGUCCCCAGACAGAGCUGCAGGGGACACUCUGAAUGACAACCCAUUGCUUCGCUGCGGAGGGGAUUCCGCUUCCAGCCCUUUCCAGUUCUUUUUGCCUCUUGGCUCUGGACUUCAGCUGCCCCCUUCCAUGUUUAUGUCCCCCCCCAAAGAGAACAGGCUUUCCCUGGAGUUCACAGAGCAGAAACAGCUGGUGUGUCAAUGGGCGAAGUGCAAUCGCCUGUUCGAGCUCCUGCAGGAAUUGGUGGAUCAUGUUAAUGAUUUCCACGUCAAGCCAGAGAAGGAUGCCGGAUACUGCUGCCACUGGGAGGGCUGUGCCCGCCGGGGGCGAGGUUUCAAUGCCAGGUAUAAGAUGCUGAUCCACAUUCGGACCCACACAAACGAGAGGCCACAUUGCUGCCCCACCUGCCACAAAAGCUUCUCACGGCUGGAAAAUCUCAAGAUCCACAAUCGAUCCCACACAGGUGAAAAACCCUACAUGUGUCCUUACGAGGGCUGCAACAAGCGUUACUCCAACUCGAGUGACCGCUUCAAGCAUACGCGCACGCAUUACGUGGACAAGCCCUAUUACUGCAAGAUGCCAGGGUGCCAGAAACGCUACACGGAUCCCAGCUCCUUGCGCAAGCAUAUUAAGGCUCAUGGUCACUUCAUCUCCCACCAGCAGCGGCAGCUGCUUAAAAUACACCAGCCUCCGAAACUGCCAGCUACAGGUGACAGCAAUUACACCAAUGGCACACAGCUUAUCAUUCCUAACCCGGCAGCCAUUUUUGGCAGCCAGUCGCUACCCAUUCCUCUGACUCCUGGGCCCCUGGACCUGAGCUCACUGGCAUGCAGCAGCGUGGCAUCCGCUCUGGCCGGUCUCCCCAAUCCUAUGCUGACACUUGCAGGGUCUCCUCUAAAUCUGGCAAAAGGGUCUCUUCUGUCACAGGCUUACUCUGCCGCAGGCCUCGGCCUACCUCUGAUCUCCUUGGUAACAUCAGGGAAAGUUGAAAAUGAGAAGCGCCCUAAGGGUCAGAGGGGAGACAGCAGUGAAAGAACUGACGGGUCAAAGUUGAGGCCUGGCUCAAUUGAAGGUCUCUCUCUGCUGCCCAGAGGUGUGUUAGAUCUCUCCCCCGGAGUGGGCUCAGAAUCUCUGCUGCCAGGAUGGGUGGUCAUUCCUCCAGGAUCCGUAUUACUGAAACCAGCCGUGGUCAAUUAAAUCCGUACCCCCUGAAACUGUCCACCUGUACCCUGUGCCCCCAAUCUGCCGCUGACAUGAACGCACAGGCCUGUUGGGCACGGGGCUACUCCCUUCAAGACGAGGCAUUUCACAGAAACAUACCCUGGACUUUGAUAUUUGCAGAUUUUUUUUGCCACAGUCUGAGAUACAUGGAAUAUAAACAAAGCACUGUGUUAGAUUCUGGCAGCAGAAACUUUUUUUCUAAAUUGCAUUCACAUUUGAAUGGAUUUUAUUUCUCUUUUGGGACCAAAAAAAAAAAACCAUCAAAAUUUAAAUGGCAACUCCUUUGAAAAACAAGGAAGCAUUGACAUUCCUGCAGGACACUUGUGCAGAGGGAAGUGGUUUAUGACAGGAGCACUAUAUUUUGGUGAUGCUCGGCCGAUCUGUGGGGCCCGGUGAUGCUACUCUUGACCUCUGCAAACCUGGUUUGCGGAAACUCACGAGUGAAGGUCGUACAAUCCCUUCUGAGAAAAGCAAUAAUGCGGGAGACGCUCGGACAGAGCUGAAUUUGACAAGAGGGAGAGGAGGAGGACUUGUCUGGGGACCUGCUCUGAUUCUCUCACACUCUCAAGCCUUUUCCCCAUUCCAGUGCAAAGCCAGUCUGUUGGUUUGUACACAGCAUCCACUUUGCCGCAUUCUAUUUCCUCUCGCAUUCCCAUGAUUCAUUCAUAGUACAUUAAUUUCUCUAGACUUGUUCCACACAAGCAUUUUAGUUCACAAAUGUAUUCUUUAAAUCGUUUACACACCGGGUAUGCUGCCCUGCAUGUACUGCCACCUACUCACUGCUUUGCUUGCUCCUCUGUUUCUGCUUUCUCCGUACUCGCUCCUUUCUAUCUAAAUUAACUUUCUUCCCCAUCCUCAUUCUUAAUCCAUACCAUUAGUUUUACCUUUCCCACAUAGUCCUCUGCUCUUGCCUCACACAUACCUUCUCACUUAAUGGUUUCUCAGUCUUCUACUCUUGCUUACAUUGGUUUCUUCUUCUACCACCCACUUGCUCUUCUUACUCAAAACUCUUGUCUUUUUAUUUGUCUGUAUACUUUUAGUUUUGUCUCUCUAAUUUCUUCUCCCUGACCCUUUGCUCUCACCUACUUUUAUCAUGCUCAGCCAAAGUGUUGCCACAUACUACUAGGCUUUUCCUAUACUCCCUCUUCUUUACAUACACACUCUACUUCUCCUACCCAUUUAUUAGUUCUUGUCUUCUCCUUUUUUGCCAUUUAUUUUAUCCAGAAAUCUAACUUAUGCCAUUCUGUUGUACCACCAUACCCCCAUCCUCCACCCCUUGUCUCCAUUACUUGCUCUGUCUGGUCUACUCCUAAACUUCUUGUUAUAUUAGCUAAAUGUUGUCUCUUCCAUCUAUUCUGUUCUUUGUUUCUACAUGAAGCUAGAAUAUUGUGUUACCAUAUAAGUCUGCUACUGCAGACUUCUCUUGUUUCUGUUCUUGUUCUGUAUGUCCCUGCUGUCUAUGUCACUUUCUGCAUGUCCCUCUUAUUAAAUUCUCACUGUUUGUCCUCUUUUUUUUCCCUUCAAAAUGCUCCUCGUAGUCCUCUGCUCUAGAACCUUCUAUCUUUCACCUCUUUCAAUUUUCAUGUUCCCUCUUCUUUUCUACUGAUGACUGACCCAGCGCCCUAUCCUCUCGCUUUCGGGAUACCCAAUGACAACGCAUUCAGGAGCAGUGAAUGCUGCUUCUCAGCGCUUUUCUGGAGAGCAAACAGAAAUGUUGCUUUCUUUUUUAAAAACCAGUCAAAUUUCCUAUACAGUAUAUAUAAAUAUAUAUAUCACUCAUUUACCAUAUAUGUUUGAAGGAGGAUAUGUUCAGGCUCCGGCAGUGAAGGAGCAACCCAAGCUAUUUUAUAGACUGUGUGAAUGAUGUGCGAUUGGUGCUUUAUGGGAGGAUUUCCCUCUGACUAGCCUACAGAUUUACAGUACAAUCUUUUUGGGGGGACAAUGGGGGACAGCAGGUGUGAAUUCAGCCAUGGGAGAGGUUUAGUGGUUCGGUUGGAGCUUAAAGCAGCAAUCCUUUUGUCAGGGAAGGCAGAUUAUAUUCACUUAUUACCUAGUAGUGGUCUGUAAGUUCUACUGCAGGUAAAGGGAUAGCCCUUUAGAGGGGACACAGGUUGCAAUCGUAGUGCCACCAAGAGGACUGGAGAAUUUUCUGCAAUAAGGGUACAAGGAAUUGGAGCAUUCCAUGCUCAGUGAAGAAUAAAGGGAAAUGGACUGUUGCUUUAAGGGAGUGAUGCUCUGUGUGACUUGAGGUCACAGGAGUGAUGAUCUGCAGGCAACCAAGCAAAGUGCCUUCUGUAUCAUAACUAAUCUUCUUAGUCCCCCAACCCAGUGUGUGCUUAACUCCUCGGUGGCUGAGAUGUGACCCUUGUGUCAGAAUGUGUGUGAGAUGCAGAGAGAGAGAGAGCUCUUUGAGUGACUGCAUCAUGACGAGACCGCCCCUUGAGUGCGGAGAUUGUCCUGUGUGCGCCCAACGGGGCAAGCUGCCAACGAGACGCUUCUCUGAGUGAGGAGCGUGUAUACGUCCGACUAAAUCUUAUUAAAAACAAAGCAAGCUUUGGUUUUAAAAAUGUCUUUUUUUUUUCUCUUUUGUGAUUUGUUAUUUUCCUGGACAUGUGACCCCAGCCAUCCAAUGGGUUAAAAGAAAACUAUAGCUAAUCUACUUGCUGCUCCUAUACAAAGGUAUUUUGUAACAUUCGCAAAUAUAUAUCUGUAAGAUUACAAUUUGCUUACGAGACGAAUGCCUCCAUAUGGAGGUACAAUUCCUAAGUCCUCCAACAGCCAAUAAAAUUGAUCUUUUAUCAGUGAACUA